AUGUACCAUAUCAGCAGCCAGCACAGAAUCAAAGAAAAAUACCAGAACCAAAAGAGAGAGAGUUCCUGCCCCACACAGUCAUGGAGAAAUGAGUAUUUGCACCAAAAAUUCACACAACUGCUACUUAUACGCAGAUCUCAACCCAGAGGCUAUGACUUCCUACUCAGGAGAAGAAGGAAUCAUGAGGUGGUAGAUGAACAAAGACAUUUGAUGGAGAUCGGACACUUAUUUGGCCCAGGCCUGAGGACCCGGAAAGAGCCUCCCACUGUCGUGGUGCAUGGAGUUGCUGGAAUCGGGAAGUCAACCCUGGCCAGGCAGGUGAGGAGAGCCUGGGAGGAAGACUGGCAGUUCAGGGACCGCUUCAAGCAUGUCUUCUACUUCAACUGCAGAGAGCUGGCCCAGUCCAAGACCAUGAGUCUCGCUGAGCUCAUCACAAAAGACUGGGCUGCUCCUGAUGCUCCCAUUGGGCAGAUCCUGUCUCAGCCAGAGCAGCUGCUCUUCAUUCUUGAUAACUUAGAUGAACCAAAAUGGGACUUGAAGAAGCAGAGUUCUGCGCUCUGUCCACACUGGAGCCAGCAGCAGCAGGUGCACACACUGCUGGGCAGUUUGCUGAAGAAAACCUUACUUCCCACGGCUUCCCUGCUGAUCACAGCUCGGAUCACAGCUCUGAGAAAACUCAUUCCUUCUUUAAAGCAUCCUCGCUGGGUGGAGGUCCUGGGAUUCUCCGAAUCGGCCAGGAAGGAGUAUUUCUUUCAAUAUUUCAUAGAUGAGAGCCAAGCAAUUAGAGCCUUUACCUCGGUUGAAUCCAACCCGGCUCUCUUCACCAUGUGUCUCAUGCCUUUGGUAUCCUGGCUGGUCUGCACUUGCCUGAAGCAGCAGAUGGAGCAGGAGCAACCACUCUCACUGACCUCCCAGACGACCACAGCCCUCUUUCUGCACUACUUUUUCCACGUUCUCCAGGCUCAGUCUCUUGGGGCUAAGCUGAGGGGCUUAUGCUCUCUGGCCGCUAAAGGCACGUGUCAAAGAAAGACUCUAUUCAGCCCCGAAGACUUCAGGAAAUACAGGAUAGAUGAGGCCAACAUCCCCAUUCUCUUAAACAUGGGUGUUCUUCAAGAGCACCCCACCCUUCGGAGCUACAGCUUCCUUCACCGGUGCUUCCAGGAGUUCUUUGCAGCAAUGUCCUAUGCUUCAGGCGAUAGAAAGUUGAAACGUGGUGGCUUUAUAAACAUCAAAACUAUAACAGACUUGACAGAUGUAUAUGACAGGCGUGACCUGUUUGGGGAACCAACCACAUGUUUUCUGUUUGGUCUUUUGAGUGAUCAGGGGAUGAGAGAGUUGGAGAGCAUCUUCAAACGCAGCCUGUCACGGAAGAGGCAUUCCUAUCUGCUGCAGUUGGCACAGAGGGAAGUUGACUGCAAGCAUCCUAACCUGGAGCCAUAUUGUUGGCACUUGCUGCACUGUUUUUAUGAGAAUCAGGACACAAGGUUUCUGACAGAAAUGAUGUCUAAUUUCUAUGGAAUGAGGAUAUGUGUCCAAACUCACAUGGAGCUCCUGGUGUUCACUUUCUGCUUUAAAUUCUGCCAUCGCAUGAUGACGCUUCAACUGAAUGACGGUGGAGAGAAAAAACUAGCUCAAAGCCCUUCAGAUGUAGUUCUGUACAGCUGGGGCCCGUUUACAGAUUCCUGGUGGCAGAUGUUCUUCUCUAUUCUCAAAGUCCCUGGAAGCCUGCGGGAGCUGGACCUGAGUGGGAACUAUCUGAGCUGCUCUGCAGUAAAGAGUCUUUGUGACGCCCUGAAAAGCCCUCACUGCCGCCUGGAGACCUUGACUUUGGCCAACUGCGGCCUCACAGCAGAAGACUGCAGGGCCCUUGCCCGUGUGCUGAGCGACAACAGGCACCUGACAUAUCUGGAUCUGAGCUUCAACAAGCUCCUGGACACCGGAGCCCGACACCUAUUCCAGGAGCUGAGACAUUCUCACUGCAAGCUGCGGCGACUGCUGCUCGUCAGCUGUGGCCUCACAUCUGGAUGCUGCCAGGACCUGGUCUCCAUGCUCAGUAACAACAUCAUGCUGUCAGAGCUGGACCUGCGGCAGAACGACUUGGGCAACCUCGGUGUGAGGCUGCUCUCUGAAGGACUCAGGCAGUCUAACUGCCGCCUCAAGUACCUGUGGCUGGACGGGACUCAGCUGAGUGCGGAGGUGACAGAGAUGCUGAGGCUCCUGCAGCAGGAUAAGUCUCAUCUGGUCAUCAAGGAGAGCUCCCAGCAAUUAGCACAGGCGAAGCCCUUCUGUCUGUCUUCUCCUGAACCCCUGGGGGACAUACCAGUGUCAUCUAUAGGGACAGAUGAUGACUUCUGGGGCCCCACAGGGCCUGUGACUCCAGAGGUGGGGGACGAAGACAGAGGUCUGUACCGAGUUCACUUCCCUGUGGCUGGUUCCUACCACUGGCCCAACACAGGUAUCUACUUUGUGGUGAGAGGGCCAGUGACCAUUGAGAUUGAAUUCUGUGCUUGGGACCAGUUCCUGGACCAGAUUGUCCCACAGCACAGCUGGAUGGUUGCGGGGCCUCUUUUUGACAUCAAGGCUGAACCAGGAGCUGUGGAAGCUGUAUACCUCCCUCACUUUAUAGCCCUCCAAGAGGAACAUGUGGACAUCUCAUGGUUCCAAGUAGCCCACUUUAAAGAGGAUGGGAUACUUCUGGAGAAGCCAACCAUGGUGGAGCCACAUUACAUAGUCCUCGAGAACCCCAGCUUCUCUCCCAUGGGAGUUCUACUAAGAAAGAUCCACUCUUUCCUGAACAUUCCUGUCAUCUCCAAUGUGCUGCUCUACCAUCGCCUCCAUUCUGAGGAAGUCAACUUCCACCUCUACCUACUCCCCAGCGACUGCACCAUUGAGAAGGCCGUAGAUAUUGAAAAAAAGAAGUUCCAGUUUGUGCGAAUACACAAGCCACCCCCGCUGACUCCGCUCCACAUAGGCUCUCGAUAUAUUGUGUCUGGUUCACAGAAAAUGGAAAUAAUCCCUGAGGAACUGGAGCUCUGCUAUCGAAGCCCUGGGAAAGCCCAGCUCUUCUCUGAGUUCUACGUUGAUCAUUUGGGGUCAGGGAUCCGACUACAGAUUAAAAGCAAAAAUGAUGAGACUGUGGUAUGGGAGGCCUUGGUGAAAUCAGGAGACCUCAGACCUGCAGCUCCACUGGUCUCUCAAGCCCUGACAGCCUCACCUUCAUCCCCCAAUGCUCCAAACUUGCUGCACUUUGUGGACCAACAUCGGGCCCAACUGGUGGCUCGAGUGACAUCGGUGGAUGCAGUCCUAGACAAGCUGCAUGGACCGGUGCUGAGCGACGAGCAGUAUGAGAGGGUGCGGGCUGAGCCCACCAAUCCAGACAGGAUGAGGAAGCUGUUCAGCAUCAUCAAGUCCUGUGACUGGGCCUGCAAAGAUCAACUCUACCGAGCCCUGAAGGAGAUCCAUCCUCACCUAAUUGAGGAACUCUUGGAGAAGUGACGCAGUGGAGGAGACUAGGGGAGCUACUGACCAGCUUGGCAGCUGAAGUCUGAAUACCUGCUUUUGAGUCCUGGCUCUGACUCUUCAGGCAUUAGGUCUAGGUUUCUUCAUGUCUAAACACAUUGCCAUUGCCCAGCCUGAGUGGCUCAGUUGGCUGAGUGUUGUCCUGUUCACUGCAGGGUUGUUGGUUUGAAUCCUGGUCAGGGCACAUACCUGGGUUGUGGGUUCGAUUCCCGGGC